GCCUCUAGUUCUACCGACUAGUGACUACUGCUCUCUGUCUCUCUAUCGAUUACUUGGAUUUUUAAAUUAAGAAAUUUUGGUCGAAUUGAUUUUUGAGUAAACUUCUUUGGCAUAGAGCUGUUUCCUUGAUGUUGAUGAUACAAAGCUAUAUUUCUUAGAAGAGGGAAAUAGAAGAAACUAAAGAGCUUUGGAUUGUAUUAAGAACAAUGGAGUUAUGCAAGGGUGUAGAAGAAGAUGAAUGUCAAGUAGUAGCUGUACAGGAAGAGAUUCAGGACUUGUUGUAUGAUGCAGUCUAUGAGGUUUUAAGUAGAGUAACUUUGGUUAAUCUGUUACGACAAUGUCAAUGGGUUUGUAAAGACUGGCAGAAACUCAUUCUAUUUGAUACACAGUUUCAAAAGAAAAAUCUACAGAACACGCCAAGUUUGGGACCAGGCUGCUUGGUCUAUGAUCAUGUUAUGGAACAUAUAAAAUUUGCCCCCUAUGUCGACUGUCACCAGGAGCACAAGUCACCUAUGGUUUCAUCUCCAUUUCUCGAUUUCUUACCAAAAUCAGCAAAUGAUAUUACCAUUGCUUGUGCAUCUCAAUUUGGUUCUUUACUUUGUUGUGUCACUAGACCAAAGUCGUCCCCGAUUCCAAGUUAUCACAUCUGUAAAACAGCAACAAGAGAAUGGAGGAAAAUACCGAACCUGAACACCAGUCUUGGCAGCUUCCCUAAGGUCCGUAUUGGUAUAGCAGUGGCACAGUCCCGAGGCUGGAAUUUAAGGUACUUCGUUUAUGUAGAUCUCAGGCGGGAUUGUGACAUCACUGUGAGGUGUUUGACUCCACCAACUGGACUUGGAAGAGGAAGCAAUUUAUCAAAUUUACUAAUAGCAUUUCGUUUAAACAAAGAGAUGCUAUUUUUCUCAAUGGAGGAUUUCAUUGGUCAAACUACUCCUAUUCUAUAUUUGUUGACUACGUGAAUCAAGAGAAGUGGACAUAGCUUAAAUUUUCAUGCGACUUGGAAGGUAUAGAAAGUGCUAGCUUUGUAGUCAAAUGCGAUGGAAAGCUCGGAGUAAUCUUUUAUAAUAAAGAGUGGAUGAAGGUUUGGAUUUUAGAGAGUUACUCUACCACCGAUCCGAUUUGGAAGAGGAAGUUCUGCAACGAUAUUAGAUGGAUCUAUAAAAGUAAACCUGGUCCAAGUAGAAUGUAUCAUCCGGUGGGAAUGUGGUCGAGUGAUACUGUUCUUAUGGUUGGUUAUGAUGAGAUUUCGUGGUUCAAUUGCGAAAAGGACACCAAAACUAUCAUUCCAUGCACAUCUACCUCACAUAUAUUUAGUAUGUUCAAACCUGAACUUAGUUACUUUUAGUUUUUGUGUCUUCUUGUAAUCCAUAUAAGCUUAUGUCCAUGACAUUGAUAUCCAUGGCAGUUUCCUUGCCAAUUGUUUCCAACAUUUUUCUUUGAUCAAUGGCAUUCAACUCUUUUAUGU